UUUAUCAUUCUCUUUCUUUUUCUUUUUAUUUCUUUUUUUUUUUGGAUAUCUCUUCUUUAUAUAUUUAUUUUUUAAAAAAAAAAACUUGACGACCUUUUUAUUAUCAUGGCCUUUACAAAUUCAACAACUGGUAAUGAUAUCAAGUUAAACUUGAACCAAUCUACUUUAGACUUUCUUAAUGCCGCCAUAGCAAGUCAUUCCAAUACUCAACUACAACAAGUUCAAGAACAACUAUUAUUAUCUUCUGGUAUUCAGUUAGGAGAUGAUAAGAAUUCUAUAUCACAACAACAACAACAACCACAUGGUAUAAGCAAAAGAUCUAUUGAUAGUACUGAUGAGAAUGAUAUACCUGAGGCGGCGACUCCUAAACGACCUGGACGAAAACCAUUGGAAAAGACCUCCACUGUGGAUCAACCAUUAGAUCCAAAACAGAAAAGAAAGGCUCAAAAUCGUGCUGCGCAACGUGCAUUCCGUGAACGUAAAGAAAAACAUGUAUCAGAACUACAAGCAAGAAUCAAAGAAUUGGAAGAAUUAACAUCAAAAACGGAUAAGGAUUUGAUUGAAGAAAAUAAUCAACUUAAAGAACAACUAAAGAAACUUCAAGAAGAAAAUUAUGCUCUGAAGGACGCCAAAUUCACCUUUGAAUUCCCUCUUUCUGAUCAACAACAACAGCAACAAAACAACAACAAAACAAGAACAACAACCACAUCAUCACCAACAUCCAAUGUCCAAAAUAAUACAAAUGAUAUCCAAGAUGAUGCUUCCGGGGGCUCCAGCAGCAGUGGUACAGAACAAUCACCUCUAUCAUUGGCACAAGAAGAUGACUCCGAUACUCCGGCUACUAAGACACCGACCAGUUUCCAAGAUGCGUCCAAUGCCUUUUUACCUUUUGGAUCUAUUGCUGCAUCACAAGACUUUGACUUUUUAGCGGUACCAGGCGGAAAGGAUACAUCGACUUCUCCAUCUUAUGAUCUCAAAGAAUUAUUCCAUGGCAAGAACGAUAUAUUUACAGGUUAUCGACAACCUUCCACAUCUGACGAAUUCGGUACUGAUGACUUUUUAUUGGAUAACAGUGGACUUCCUGCCUUAUUUGGAGGUGAUGAUUUAUUUGGAUUUACACAGCAACAAGCACAACAUGCUCCCUUCUUAUUGGAUCAAUUUUAUAUGCCUCAUGAUGUGGAACCCCGGCCUCAUAUUCGAAAGGAGACUUUGGAAGCCUCUUUACAACGUGCUAAACAAGAAGGUGUACGAGCUUAUGAAGUCCAAGAACAACUCAAAAACUGUCCCGAUUUCAAUUUGGAUGCUUUAUGUGAAGAUCUCAAGGCCAAGGCUUCUUGUUGUGAAAGCAAAUAUGUAUUGACUGAACAUGAUGUAGAAUCAUACUUACAAUGUUUCGACCAAAAGCUGUAGAUUAGUAUCCCCAUUAUUUUCCUUUACUUAUUAUCAUUCCUCAUCAUCAUUUUUAUAUAAAUAUAUUUUCAUCGACAACUAGUAGCAUAUCCCUCCUCUCUCUCUCUCUCUAUUUUUUUUCUCUUUUUUUUUUUUUAUGGCUUCACUAUGAUCUUUCAUCCCCUACUCCAUCAUUCAGUAAUAUGUUUAUAUAUAUAUAUAUAGUAUAGUUUUUUUUUUUUU